AUGAAAAUACUACAUGUGGUUUUGAAGAAAAAGAAUGUUUACUACGAUAAAAAAGCCACAAAAAGCUCAUCCCUAUCUGUGUCACAGCGGAAAAAUCCUGAUUACUGGAGGAUUGUUGAAGGACAGUUUGGUGACAUGUUAGUUGGUCAGGAUGGGGACAUUAUGCUUGAGGCAUCAACUUGUAAACGCAUCCGGGAGAAGUUAAAUGUUUCUGCUUUGGCUUUGCAGAAAUCCUUUCAAAUACUAUGCAUGGAUGAUUUCCACAACAUCAACACAGUUAAAAAACCAACAGAGCAAAUACUUACUAAUGCUGUCCAUAUGACAACUCUUCUCAUGGACAUACAGUCAUCUGUAGAUGCAGUUCCUCGACCAGUUGACACAGCCAGCAUUCACAGAUGCGUAAUGGUUUCAUCUCCUGGAAGUCCACCCCAGCUGUGCAGAGGAGGGAUAUCCACCAGAGCUGUCAUAACAGAAAUAAAAAGAUUUUGGCCUGAAUUUAGUAAAAAUUUCUUCCUAGAGAGCUUGGCCCAACCAUACAAGGAAAUUGAUCUCUUUAUGUUGCGGCAAUCUUUUAAAGAGCUAAGGCAAGACAGACAACAUCUAACUAUUUCACUAAUAAUCCAAACUGAUGACUGGGUUUAUUCCAGAGGAAAUCCCGAGGAAUGUCAAGCCUUGAAAUCAACAAUACUAAUUGAUGAGAUUGAACAGACACUGCACAGUAAGGAUGACUACCAGGCUUGCCACCAGUACAUUUUUGAUGUAAUACCACAAUUCAAAGAAUUCCUUAAAUUACAUGUGGUUUCCACUGCGGGUGACUGGCCAACAUGGUACCAUCAAAAAAAGAUUGUCUGCCAUGCUAAUUUAGAUCAAGAAGUUAUUUCCCUAAUCCCUGAGUUAGGACAGUUUCAUGUAUAUUUGAACAGUUCAGAAGAUGUAGUAAAGCAGUACUAUCCCGUUUUCAAAGAGAUCUAUGCAUCGGUGUUUGGUCAGAGAAUUAGAUUACCUGAAAAGCCCAAGCUAGACAGAGUGGCACUGUGCAUUGUGCUAGCAUUUUGUGAUUGGCUGAGAAUCCGCACACAAUUGUCUCUCACAUCUUUUGAAGAGCUCAACCCUCUGUGUCUUCUGCAUUAUCCUGUAAUUGUGAGAAGUGGGCAAUUUCCACAGCUUGCUUCCUCUAUGAAGCGUCUAGCCAUCAUGUUUGUAGCUAUGGACAGACACCAUUACAAUAAGGCAUCGCUUUCGUGGAUCAGCGAUGAACAAUACCAACGGGAAAACUUCCCUGCUUAUCAUGCUGCCAAGUCUGCUCUUUGUUCUGUUUUGAAUGAGAAGAAGGUUGAGAUCUUCCACUCCACUUUAAGAUCAAGAAUACGAAAG